AUGUUGGACAAUGAUACAUCGCAAUUCCCAGCAGGAUCAUUAGCAAAGACAGCCACAGAUAUGAUGUUAUCAUGGAAGGGAGUCGUGUGUCUGCUGUUUGGGUUAAUCAAAGCCUUCUCCAACGCUCAAGGAGACAACUGCCCUGGUGAGUACAGCUUCAUAUCCUUAGCUGCCCAAACAUUCAAUGACCACCUUCAUACCAGGAAGUAGCCAAACAGACUAUCCCAAAUGGAAUUACUGGUGAAGAAGAGAAUGUUUAGAGAUCUAGAACUACCCUGGAUUUGUAUAUUCUAGAUCAGUGUAAUCAACUUUCUGGGAAUUUUACAAGCGACAAUUUAUUCCACCUUCGAUGCACUGCCCCUUUUGCAUUCCCCAGUAGCUGUCACCGUUUAAUACUUAAUUGUGACAAUAAACUGCAGGAUUAAAAACUGAACAUGAUAAAAAAAAAAACAAUAAAGCUAUCAUACUGCUAGAAUGUGGUGCGGUUUGAAUAAUUGCCUUUCUAAAAGGGCAAAGCUGGAAUUAUAAAAUAAUUGUAAAAAUGUACGGUCUAUGAAGAAAGUCCCAAUAAUGAGCAUUCCGUGGAUAGAAUUCUCGUUAUGUGCACUUUGACCAUGGAAAAUCGAUAUUGGGAAAAUAAUUGCGCUUCGUCAAUGAACAGUGAAUACUGCAGAGUAUCGUCUGCACAGAAUAGAAUGCUGAAAGAGCAUACCACUGAGUAUUUAGAAUGUGAAGUCAGCCAUCCUACUAAAAAUAGUAAUAAUUUGUAGAUAUAUUUGUACAGUUGUGAAAUUAGGAAUUAUUAUAAAUUGUAAGAAAUCCUAAAUGCAAAGAAAGUAUUAACUAUGUUGAUUAUUUGUUAAUGUGUGUGUGUGUUUUGGUUUUUGUGCAUCAUUUGUAUCUGCCUGCCCAAAUUACUACCAACAAUUAUAGAAAGCCUACAAGAUACAUGGAAAGGCUAUAUGUGAUGUAGAACAGGUAGUAGAUACCUGGAAUAGCCUUCCAGUCGGAGCUGUAACAGUGAUAUAGAAAAGGUAGUAGAUACCUGGAAUGGCCUUCCAGUGGGAGCAGUAACAGUGAUAUAGAAAGGGUAGUAGAUAUCUGGAAUGGCCUUCCAGUGGGAGCAGCAAAGGCUAACAGUGAUAUGGAAAGGGUAGUAGAUCAUUGGAGCCUCUAGUGGGAGCAGUAACUGUGAUAUAGAAAAGGUAGUAGAUACCUGGAAUGGCCUUCCAGUGGGAGCAGUAACAGCGAUAUAGAAAGGGUAGUAGAUAUCUGGAAUGGCCUUCCAGUGGGAGCAGCAAAGGCUAACAGUGAUAUGGAAAGGGUAGUAGAUCAUUGGAGCCUCUAGUGGGAGCAGUAACUGUGAUAUAGAAAAGGUAGUAGAUACCUGGAAUGGCCUUCCAGUGGGAGCAGUAACAGCGAUAUAGAAAGGGUAGUAGAUAUCUGGAAUGGCCUUCCAGUGGGAGCAGCAAAGGCUAACAGUGAUAUGGAAAGGGUAGUAGAUCAUUGGAGCCUCUAGUGGGAGCAGUAACAGUGAUAUAGAAAGUGUAGUAGUUACCUGGAAUGGCCUUCCAGUGGGAGCAGUAACAGCGAUAUAGAAAUGGUAGUAUAUACCUGGAAUAGCCUUCCAGUGAGAGCAGUAACAGUGAUAUAGAAAGUGUAGUAGUUACCUGGAAUAGCCUUCCAGUGGGAGCAGUAACAGUGAUAUAGAAAUGGUAGUAUAUACCUGGAAUAGCCUUCCAGUGAAAGCAGUAAAGGCUAACAGUGAUAUAGAAAGGGUAGUAGAUACCUGGAAUUGCCUUCCAGUUUAAGCAGUAACAAACCAAAAUGACAUAGAAAACAAUAGUAGAUGCCAAAGAAAAUGUUUCCAAUGAUAGUAGCACAGGCUAACAUCCACAGUGGAUACCAGUCAAGACACUCUGUAUAAUGUGUUUCUUAAUUUGUAUCAAAUUCAGGCAGAGUAACUCCUAUGGAUGUAUUUACUAAAGGGAGAACUGCUUUGAGAGGGGAUCUGCUUGUACAUGCUUGAUCUGAUCAUUGUAUUUUAAUUGUUUUUUUUUACUGUGCUUUUCAAUUCAGAUGUCAAAUUUUCAGAAAAUGGGGAUUUAAAUGUGGUUUCCAUACAAGGAUGUUCUGGUGUGCCUGGACCGCCUGGUUCAAAGGGAGAACCUGGACCACAAGGGCUACAAGGUGACAAUGCAACAAGAGUUUAGUGUGUGUGUGUGUGUGAAUGUGUCACCUAAUGCUUCAUUCAAUUUAUUCAAAUACACAAUAAAUGUGCCAAAUUAUGAAUUUUAAACAUUAUAUACAAACCUCACAAAUUAGUAUGAAACCACUAGUGAUAUGUUAGCAUUUACUAUGCUAGAUUUUUUUUCACACGUGCAUGAUGUGCAAUUUCCGUUUUCUUACUUUUCUAAUUUCACUGAUUAUGAUUUAUUUUUGUUUUUUAUUAUUUUAUUGAAAAGGUGUUCCUGGAUUUAUUGGGGCUACCGGGUAUCCUGGAGCCACAGGUAAUUAAUAUAUAUGUACCUGAAAAUAAGUAUUUAUAUAAUUAAUAAUGUCAUAUGUUACACUAGAGGCAACUAUAAAUAAUGUAUCUUUAAAAUCAGUGUGAUUAUUUCAUUAAUGCAAUUUUGAAAUUAAACCUUGCGCAUAAGCUCCACAUCUUUAGAUAACGGUAAAAAGAAAACACUCUUUACAGUUUCAUUUUUUUAUUGUUUAUUAACCCAUCCCGUUGAAGUCUGAUUUGCAUCACUUUUUAAGCCCUUACUUGCUCUCCCAUUCCACUCUGUCCUGUAUCCUACAUGGCUAAACAAUACAAUGUUGCUAAAUAGCAAGCAAUGAUGGAGGGAUCAGGUAAUAUUAUAUAGAUAUAUAUGCCUGAUGGAAAAUGAGUUCGUAAUAUCCUAUAUAACAGAUGCUUGAUGUUAUCCAGGUAACUGUAUUUACUGUAUGUGGACUUCAUGUUUACUUGAAGUCAAAAUAUUUACAUUCUAUGGCUCAUCAUUUUUAUGAACAUUUUGGUUCCCAACUUGCUGUAUGUAAAAAAAAAAAAAAAAAAAUUCUGACGGAUUGCAAGAGAAGGGAUACUUUUAUUAUAUUUUAUAGGUUUUUUGUGGACCUUAUUGGAUUAAUGAAUUGGUCUCAUACUUCUCUUAUGGCUUUUUCAAUUUUAGGUCCAAUGGGAUCUCCUGGGUUGAAUGGGUUACCAGGGCCCCCUGGUCCUAAAGGUAAGAUGUAAAAAUUAUGUAUUUCAGGUGAAAAAAAUUGGGACUGAAGUUUGACUUGUUUCUGUUUUUUUUUGUUUAAUUUCUUUGUAGUCUGUGAUAACAGUAAUAAAGCACCCAGAAUGCCAUUAUUUUUCUUUCUUUUCUAAAUACACUGACAAACAUUAUAGUAUCUAAUCUCUGUUUAUAGGGCCACCAGGACAGCCGGGAAUACCAGGAGUUAGAGGUAAAGCUAUUUCAUCAUAACGUUCUAAAUAUUAGCAUGUAUACUUACAUGACAUAGUUCAUACAAUUAAAUAAAUUCUCGUAAUAGUAGCUAAAUAAAACCUAAAAAAAAAUAAUUACUUAUCCAUCCAAAGUACAAUUCGAUUAGCACACAGUGGCCACUGGGUCUUACAUAAAACACCUUACAUUGUUUCAUGGCCAGUGAGACUAUGUCCAUUUAAACUAUGUCCAAAUCACAAGCUCAAUCGGAAAACUAGAAAUUUGCACACUUGCAUGUCAUAUCCAGUGUGAAUCCUUACAAAGAUUAGAGUAGUCAAAUACAAGAUGAGUUAAAUAAAAUACAUAAAUAAAAAUACACAAACAUUUCUGGAUUGUGCGUAAGGAUUACCAUUGCUACGAAAGGGUGAGGGUACAAAGUAUAGCUAGUUUAAAUGGGAUACAAACUGUAUUAUAUGUAGGCAAUCCCUGGUGUGCACAUGCCUGAUCAGUAUACCAUUGUGCCCAGAAUAAAAGCAUAAAAAGUUGCCAAUGGUGCUAAAGGACCACUAUAGUGCCAGGAAAACAUACUCAUUUUCCUGGCACUAUAGUGCCCUGAGGGUGCCCCCACCCUCAGCGUCCCACUCCCACCCGGCUCUGGUGAGAGAAAAGGGGUAAAACUUACCUUUUUUCCAGCGCCGGGCGGGGAGCUCUCCUCCUCCGAUCCUCCUCUGAUCCUCCCCGUCGGCUGAAUGCGCACGCGCGGCAAGAGCUGCGCGCGCAUUCAGCCGGUCGCAUAGGAAAGCAUUCAUAAUGCUGCUUUAUGGACGCUGGCGUGCUCUCACUGUGAUUUUCACAGUGAGAAGCUAGCGGCUGUCAAUGAGACAGCCGCUAGAGGCUUUGGGGGAAGGCUUAACCCAUUGCUAAACAUAGCAGUUUCUCUGAAACUGCUAUGUUUAUAAAACAAUGGGUUAACCCUAGAAGGACCUGGCACCCAGACCACUUCAUUAAGCUGAAGUGGUCUGGGUGCCUAGAGUGGUCCUUUAACAUUGCUAAUGAUGCCAACAGCAGUGUGGUAUUAGAGUAUUUAUUGAGUAUAAUCAUGUAGAGAAGCUACCGGUAAUUUUUCGAUAAAUACCUGAACAUCAAACAUUUACAAGACCAUUUUGAAAGGCACAUCAGCUUUUAUUCAGUUCUCUGGCUAUCUCAGAGAGGAAUUGUAGAGGCCCUCCUGGUUAUAGUUCAUCUUUAUUUCUUAAAAUAUAACAAAUAAAAAAAAAACUAUAUAGGUAGACAUGCAGAAAUAUAUGGACAGAUGGACAGGUGGACUGACAGACAGACGACAAUCCAUUAAAUAAAAAAUAAAUUCAAAAAAAUGUCAUAAAACUACACCUUCUGAUACAGAUGUUGCUGAAACUAUGGCACACUGUAUACAAGUAUUUUUAAGGCAGGGAGAAAUCAUGCCUUGCCUUAGGAAUAUUUAUAUUUUUUAGGACCAUGAGAAAUGGAAAGCAGGGACAGGGGACAUCUCUGUGCCAUAAUCUAUUCACAAACAGGACUAUACAUAAAACACGAUGUCAUGCGUUUAGACUAAGAAGAUUUAGACUAAGGCAAAGGAAAGGUUUUUUUUUUUACAGUAAGAACAAUAAGGAUGUGGAAUGAUCUGCCUGAGGAAGUGGUUUUAUCGGAGUCUGUAUAGAUGUUUAAACAGCAGCUAGAGGCAUACUUGCAAAAACAUAAUAUUCAAGGAUAUAAUCUUUCAAUGUAGGGUAAUAGCUUCUUGAUCCAAGGAUAAAUCUGACUGCCAUUCUGGGGUCAAGAAGGAAAUUUUUUUUUCCAGUUUGUUGCAAAAUUGGAAAUGCUGCAAACUGGGGGGGGGGGAGGGGGAAUGAAAUAUGAACUUGAUGAACACAUGUUUCUUUUCAGCAUAUCUAACAAUGUAACUAUAUAGUAUUCACUUUAUCCUCUACCCAUGACCCUGUGAAAUAUUUUAUUUAGUUAUUGUCAUAUUUCAACCUCCCUACAGGCGAUAAAGGAGACACAGGAGAGUGCAUCAUUGAAGCUCAGGGUAAGAUUCCGAGGGCUGGGAGGGGUUAGCGAUGCAAAACACGUGCUGGUUUUACUGGUUUCCACAGUGACUGCAAUCACUGUAGAUCACUUUUUAGAACAGAACACUUUCAUAAAUAUUCCCCACUCUCUCCUUUUCCUUAGGUCCUCGUAAUUGUCUGGAACUUCUCAACAGCGGGUUCCUUCUUUCCGGCUGGUAUACCAUAUAUCCAGACAGUGGGUCACCGAUGGCUGUUCUAUGUGACAUGGACACUGAUGGUGGAGGAUGGAUCGUACGUUUUGAAUCUGCAAAACCCAUGAUUUUCAUUAAAAGGACAAUUUUAGAUGAAUAAAGUGAUAGAAUCAUUUUUUUAAAUUUCUCAGUAAUUAUUCAGUUGGAGAGAACAUUUUCUGUUGAAUGUUCCAACAUAUUAUUAUUACAAAGUCACGUUAGCCAGUCAAUGUAAUUUUAAGACCGGUAGUAUCUACAUAAUUCUUAAAUGCAGGUUCUAAUAGUAAAGAACAUAGUAAGAAUGUUCAUGUAAAUGUCAACAGAACACCUAAUACUUUCUCUUAUGCAUUUUUCGCCAGGUUUUUCAGAGACGCAGGGACGGUUCUGUGGAUUUUUACCGUGAUUGGGAAAGCUACAAAAAAGGGUUUGGCAGUCAACUGGGAGAUUUCUGGCUCGGAAACGAUAACAUCCACCGUCUUACGGCAAAGGGUAAGAGUCCAAGUUCAACCUCAGAUUUACAUUCCACCUUUCACAUGCUGGAGAUGAAUACUUUUAAAAAAAAUCUUGUGGUCAGAAUUAAAUGUUGAAAAUAGCAGAAGUAUGCACAAAACUUCUCAAUAACUGACUGAAAGUGGGCAAUGUCGGUGCAUGAUAAUAGUCAGAGGUAUCAAUAAACAUAUGUAUUUUCCAACCCUAAAAAAUGUUUCUCUGUUGCGAAUACUCUACCAAUUGCUAGGCCUGACACACGUACAUGUAUCUAUAUAUAAUAAAACUACAUCACAUAAGGAAGAAUAGGUAUAUUAUCUUGUGUGGUACCAAGUGUUAUUGUAUAAUAUUUACCUAAAUAAUGUUUAAAGCAGACAUACUGUACCACUUGGCAGCAGAAUAUAUUAACUUGUAGGGUAUAAAAACUGUCCCAUUAUUAUAUUGUCUUUAAAUAAUUAUAUUAUCCAUGUUUUCUAAACUCAAGUUUUCUCGUGUGCAAAAUAGAAUAGGACAUUUCCUAGGAUCUCCUAAAUGCACAUUUUACAAAUACGUCCUCUCUGUGGGCUAGCUUGAAAAGUGUGUUUAAUAUAUUUAAAUGGGAAUUUCAGCCAUGCAAUCCUUAGAACUUAAGCAAUGGGUUGACUCAUGACAAUGUAGCUGUCACAGGGUUGAACCAUAACUGACAGGAAAUGGGGAAUCCCACAAAUAAAGAUUCUAAUAUAGACGUAUUACCGAGCCUUAGAGUGGCCAGACUUAACGUUAAUAAAGAUAAAGACAAAGUUAGUAAUAACCAAGGUCAGGAUCAUAAAAAUAUGGAUAAACUAAAUAACAAGCCGAGUCAGAAUAUCAAAAAUACAUGAAGUCAAACAAAAGCCAAGGUCAAUAUCAAAAUAUCAAGAAAAACUUAGUAUAAGAACAUUUAAACUAAUAAAAGACAUGCCAUUAAAGCGGGCAGCAUUUGGAAAUAUGCAGGGAAGCGAUGGCUGCGUGAAUUUCGGCCAUGUGGAUCAUUCGGACCGACAACCUUAGGGGAACAUCGUGGGCACGAGGAUCAGGUAAGUUUGCUACAGUAGGUUAUCGAGCAGUAGUUAAUCAGGGAGUCCAAUAAUCUAGUGCCCUGCAAUAUAAAAAAGGAUACACUGUAAUUAUAUAAAUUAUUUGAGGGAUUAAGAGGUACUUUUUUGUGAGAUUAAACAUAAUUUGCAUAAUACACUAGGUAUAUCUGAACUCAGACAUGGCACCACGGAACCUUGCUAAACUGUUGGUAUGCUGCUGAAUAUCCUUGGCUUGUUACCCCCAGUAUAUAUCCAUGUUGCACCCCUGGGUAUUUAAAUCUCAUUGUUGACAGUUAUAAAAUGUUUUGCAAUUAUGAAGUAAUUGUCUGGUUUGAUUAACAGGUUCAUCCACACUCCGUAUUGACGUGGAAGAUUUUGAGGGCAUAUCGAAGUACGCCACAUACAGUGACUUUUUUAUUGAAGAUGAGUCUAAAGAAUAUGUUCUCCAUUACGGCAGCUUUACUGGUGGUACUGCAGGUAACAAUUCAAAAUCAAUUAGAGAGAAUGAGGGACAGGAAACACAAGGUAUAGAGAGACCCAAGAUUACAAAUUUACAAUCUAGACUUCUAAGAUCAACUGAGAACUAAGGUUCCUUGAAAAGGGGGCCUUUGAGGAACUUCCUGAAGUCAGAUAGAAGGUCAGUUCCAAAAAUGAAGCAAAGACUGAGAUGGUUACACAUUUUUAGGAGGAAUUGACGGGUGAAAAAGGAGUAGAUUUGCACCCAAAUUGAUUCUCAGAACUAGGUUGAAAACUUCCAAAAUAUACCUCAUUCACAGUUAUACUUAUAUGCACCUUGCUGGAUUUUGAAAAGUUUUCUAGUAUAGAUAGGAUUAUUAUUAAAAAAAAUAACUUGAUUAUUUCAUCUUUCAUCAUCUUAUCAGGUGAUUCACUGCAGCUACAAAAGGACAACGGAUUUUCAACAAAAGAUCGCAACAAUGACAAGACAAAUAAAAGCCAGCCUCCCUGCACACAACUCUACAAAGGUGGCUGGUGGUUUGCAGAUUGUCACUUUUCUCAUUUGAAUGGGGAAUAUCUGAGUGGCGCUCAAGAUAUCCUGAGUAGAGGCAUUAUCUGGCACUCUUUUCGGGGGAGCUCCUACUCACUAAAAGCCACACAAAUGAAGAUCCGUCCUGAGAAAUAA